UUAUCCACAAAAGUUAUACUCUUGCAGUGUAAGGCUUCUAACUUGGGAAUUCCUAAUGAAGAUGAAGGCAACACUCAAAUACUUGGCUGGAAUUGCAGGCCCAAGUGGAUAUGGUUCAAAAUCCACGGCUGAACAAGUAACUCAAGAUUGUUUGCUAUCCGUGCCUUCUCCUCUUACUGCAAUUAUCACUGGGGCUACAUCUGGCAUAGGUGCUGAAACAGCAAAAGUUCUUGCAAAGAGGGGUGUAAGAAUAAUUAUUCCUGCAAGGGAUUUGAAAAAGGCAACUAAAGUGAAGGAAAUUAUACAAAAGGAGUGUCCAAAUGCUGAGAUAAUUUUAUUAGAGAUAGAUUUGAGUUCAUUUGCCUCAAUCCAGAGAUUUUGUUCUGAGUUCUUAUCUUUGGGAAUGCCACUUCAUAUCCUCAUAAACAAUGCUGGCAAAUAUUCACAAAAGUUGGAGUUUUCUGAAGACAAAAUUGAGAUGAGUUUUGCCACAAAUUACUUAGGUCAUUUUCUUUUAACAGAAAUGCUGUUAGGAAAAAUGAUAGAGACUGCAUCAGAUACUGGCAUCCAAGGAAGAAUAGUGAAUGUGUCUUCAGUGAUUCACAACUGGGUUAAAAGAGACAACUUUUGCUUCAACAAAAUGCUGAAUCCAAAAAGUUAUAAUGGCACUCUUGCUUAUGCUCAAACUAAACUGGCGAACAUAUUGCAUGCCAAGGAAUUGUCCAGACAGCUAGAGGCAAGAAAAGCAAAUGUUACUAUCAAUUCAGUACAUCCAGGAAUUGUGAAGACUGGCAUCAUCAGGGAUCACAAAGGCUUUAUCACAGAUUCAUUAUACUUUAUGGCAUCCAAGUUGCUGAAAUCAACAUCACAGGGUGCAGCGACGACAUGUUAUGUAGCUUUAAGUGGAAAGGUGGCAGAGGCGAGUGGCCGGUACUUUGCAGACUGUAACGAGAGCCAUUGCUCCACCCUAGCAAAUGAUGAAAUUGAAGCACGUAACUUAUGGAACCAGACGCGUGCUUUGAUACACAAACAAUUCGUUCAACCAUGAAUUAAAAUUAAGGGCAUGUUGGUUACACAAUACGAAGUAAUUAUGUAUAGUGCACGUAAAUGAGUAGCUAUGUAUACAUUUAAAUCCAUGGCAAAGGGUAAUUAAUCACACAAGUAGGUUUAUUUCUAGCCAUAGAUUAUAUAUGCAGAAAUUCAUGAUAUAAAAAGUUAAACUGUCAACACCUUGUUAUAUAAUUAUUCCAAUAAUAAGAAAUUAUUAAUUUCAAAUUUU